UGUUCUGGGUGGAACGGUGUUCUCAGGAAUGCUGUAAGUAGGUCAGUGGGAUGUGUGGAGUGUUUGUAAGUGGGGUGUUGAAAUGGUACCCCUGAGUUAACCUGACUCAGAGUCUGGAAACCUGAAGAAGAUUCACGAAGCUCCACAGCUGCUCAUUCAAUCCCAGCUUCAGAGUCCGAUACGGGGGUGAGGUCAUCACCGGCAUGCCACCCUCACCCUCGCCCACACCCUCACCUCCACCCUCACCCUCGCCUCCACCCUCGCCCACCCGCAGCCCCACGGCUGGGCCGGGGCUCAGUGUUCGGCAGCAGCAGCAGGAUGGGCUGUCUGGAGCUGAAGAGUUUGUUCACGGUCGCUCAGUUUAUAAAGGCGAGGUGCGGCGACGGCCUGAAGGCUGGAGAACCAAAGAACGUUAAGAACUAUGUUUUUUUCGAGGUGGAGGUUCUGGACCCGGACAGCAGGACCCAGCUCUGCUACCUGGACAAGGUGGAGCCUAACGCCACCAUCAAAGAGAUCAAGACUCUGCUGCACAAGCUGUAUCCUAAGUGGUAUCCAUCACGACAGGCUCUGAAGCUGCACCCGGAGGGAAAGGCUCUGAAGGACGAGGACGUUCUGGAGGAUCUGCCGGUCGGCACUACCGCCACCAUGUUUCUACAGGACCUCGGACCUCAGCUCAGCUGGACCAUGGUGUUUUUGGCGGAGAGUGUGGGUCCUCUCUUCGUCUACCUGCUCUUCUAUUACCGCCUGCCUUUCAUCUACGGCCCCGCCCACUCCUACAGCCGGAGCCCACACGCUGUCGUCAGGUUGGCCUGUAUCUGUCACACUCUGCACUACAUUAAGCGUCUGGUGGAGACGAUAUUCGUCCAUCGGUUCUCUCAGGGAACACUUCCUGUACAGACCAUCAUGCUGAAUUGUGUUUAUUACUGGGGGUUUGCGGCGUGGCUAGCGUACUAUAUCAACCACCCCCUCUAUACCACACCCAUGUACGGGAAGCUGCAGAUCUACUCUGCUCUGCUGAUGUUUUUGAUCUGUGAGUGCGGGAACUUUAGUAUUAACCUGAGCCUCAAUCGGAUCAGCAGCAACGGGUCGAAGCCCACCCAGAUCCCCAACCCCACGAACAACCCCUUCACCUGGCUCUUCUUCUUCGUCUCCUGUCCAAACUACACCUACGAGGUGUGCGCCUGGCUGAGCUUCACCGUGAUGACCCAGUGUGUUCCAGUCGGCGUUUUCACCUUUAUAGGUUUUGUACAGAUGACUAUCUGGGCCCGAGAGAAGCACAGAACCUACGUAAAGGAGUGUAAAGAUUAUCCAGAACUCCGGAGCGCCAUCAUUCCCCUCUUCCUGUAGAACCAGAGAGUCACGGACUGGUAGCCUCUGUAACCUGAAGUGCAGAAAUGGACAUUUUUUGGUGUUUUUGCAUUUUUUCCCCCCAUUUUAGUCACUUCCAGUCCAUUUACUAUCUAGAACCCUCUCUAUCUAGAACUCCCAGUAUCACCCAAAGCUACCAGCACUGACAGGAUAAAGGUAAAUAUGCAGAAACUCAACCACAUCUACUCAAACUGCUGCUAACGCAACACAAACACAGCAGGAGCUCAACACACUCUGAGGAGAACACUAAUCCCUCUGAGCUUUUAACAUUAGAGAGCUUCCUCUAAUCGCUCUGCUGAUUAAAACUCAAUCAGACUUAAUCAGACGCUGCACUUUUAACUGAUUAGCCCGGAGAAACAUUUACCUUUAUGUGUAGAAAACGAUCACUGUGGGAAAACAAAACCUUGUAUCUACAAUUUACAGCAGAAGAAAAAAAUCAGAGUAAAACGUUUUUAUUCUGUUAUUUUAAAGAAUGUUUAUGGGUUCGUUGCAUCGCAUUGGUGAAAUUUUAUAUUUACUAAAAACUAAAUGGUUUUAAAAUGUAUGUAAACAGUUUAGUGAAGUACUGAAUGUCUUGGAUGUACUGAAUAUUGAUGACACAGCAAAUAAUGAUCUUUUAAACAGUGAAUUCCUCUUAAAUCUGGUGCAAAUAUGUAACAUUUCUAAAUCCUAAGAUUGUUGUAACUUUUAUCUGGACAUAAAUUACAAAAAAAGUGUUUAAUUAUAUUGCUAAAUUCAUGUUAUACUGCUAUUUCAAUCAAUCUUGAAAUAGGGACUUGAGUUGAGUAGAAUUAAAAGAGAAAAAUAAAAA